AUGGUCGAACGCAGUGAGGCCGUCUGCAAUGAGAAGGUAGAAGGCUAUGAGCAGUCUGAAGUGUAUAACACUUAUUUGUAUAAUUCCCAUGCGGCCGAGCUUAUGGGAUUAAUAGUUGGCGACAUACCGCCAGAACACUAUCGCAAAAUGAUUAACGAUGGUAAUAAGCCGGGACGUAUGGCAUUCUCUCAGAUGUAUUUCGCUGCUUUAUUCGGUUUCGGUAUUUUCAUGGCGUGUAUUUUCAUAAUUGUUGCCGUUAUUAUCCUUAUAAAGCGGUGCUUCUCGCCACCAAAGCAGUACAAGUCUGGGAUAUUGGGGAUUAUAAUAGCACUUGUAUUGCUCUUAAUCUCGAUUGGAGUUAUGGUUUUCGCAGCAAUAUUAUUGUUACGAAAUUCGCAGUUGUCACGACAGGGAGCAGAUCAGUUGCCGAAAAAUCUUAAUCGGGACAUUUUUAGCGUGAGCGCUCCACUUCAAAUACAUGCCAGAAACGUGAUUUGUUAUAUGGAUUUGAAAAGUUUAGUACCUCAAAUAGAGAAGAGGCUAGACAAUUCGUCCAAUCAUAUUACCGAUAAUGCACUUCGGAAUUUUAUGACUAUUAGAGGUUCUGAGGUUUUUAAUGCAAUUGGCAAACUAAAACAAGACGCGUUAGGUUUACAAAAAUCAGCUGGAGAGAUUAGUAUUCAAAAUGUUGUUACUGUAAUGAAAAAAGUGUCAACUGAGUUCCUGGAGAAAAUCUAUAUAACAGAGCUUGAAGCUGUUGGAAAAAUGAGGGUUUUUGAAGCAGAGGCGAAGACUCUACCAACGCACUUUCAAAAGAUAAACCGAAAAAUGUUGGAAGUGUUCCAGAACUUUCUUCAAGUAUGUAAGGAAGUUUUGCAAGAGCUCGUAAGAAAUGUGAAGGAUGUGGAAGAGAAGGUGAAACUGUACCUUAUAGGAUCUGGUGUCGCAUCUUCGGCCUCCUAUCUUCUCCUGGGAAUUUGGUUUCCGAUAAUGAUUGUUGCGAUGUGUACGUACGCUAUUGUUGCUCUUAUCAUGAGAAUAUACGCCAAUCAUAAGAAUGGACUAACUUUCGAUGAAAAAAUGCCGAGUCGUGGGAAAUUAUCUAGAACUUCAGCGGAACUGAUUGGCGCUUUCGCCUAUAUAACAAUUAUCUUUGGCGCUAUUCUUUUCAUCAUGUUUUCCCUUGGCCUAUUCUUUGGUUUCGGAGUCAUGGUUUCGGCAAAAGGACUAUUCGCUGAUUUGAACGUGUUUGAAAAAUCUAUUCUUUCUAUGAGGACAAAUAGCUCAGAAAACACUGUGGACAUCAAAUUAAUGGAUGUUUUUGCAAGAUGUGAAAAAGGUGAAAAACUGUACAGUGCAGUCGGAUUAGAUGAGUUGCUUACUCCUCAAAGGUUGCGUAUGAUUCUAAAAAGUUCAAUUCAAGAAAGCGACUUUAACCAAAUAUUUUUGAAGAAUUUGGAAGAGCACAAGAGCGUUUUUGCAAAUAUAUUCACCGCUUCACAAGAUAUUAACGAUACUUUGUCAAAGACUGACUUUAGUGCGUAUCGCAAAGCUAUUUCAAAACCUAUAAUUGAGUUCAGAAAUGCUAUCAGUGAAAUAGCUGUUCAAGCAAAGGAAGUGGUACAAAAGAUCUCUUACGUACAAAAUGGGCACAGUCAAAUUGUGGAUUGGUUGACAGACGCAUUGGAAAGUACCAUAAAAGAAUUGGUUGAGAUGUAUGCAGGAUAUGUGAGUCAGGUCAAACAGGAAUCUGGCGGAUGCGCUAAUCUCAACGCCUAUCGACCAAUAUUAGACGAAUUUUUGUAUGCUCGAGUUGCAGCACCGGCCCAAGGGCAAUGGAUGGCAUGUUUGAUCGCGGCUAUUUUUUCUAUAUUUGCUUUUUGUGGUUUGCUUAUGACGACGAAACAUUUACGAAAUUUCGCUCCUCCAGAAACUCCCUCUGAAGUUGAAGAGAUGAACGAGGAACAAACAUCAAAGAACCAACCCGAUGCAGAGGGGCCUGAAGUUGCGACCAUGUAA